AUGUUACAGCUGCGACGCGAUUGGACACAUGGCCCGUCACUGCCCAACAAAGUCGGGAAAAGGACCAACCGGAAGUUAGGAGCAAGGCCUAUGCUCACCGGUUAUGCACACCUUCCUUGUCGUCCCCAGCUUCCACUGGUUAAGGUAUUCAUAGAAAGUAUUGGUGAAGUAACUGGCCUGGUAGAUACAGGCGCUAGUAUGUCUGCUAUAAGACUUAGUGUAGUAAAUAAUGUUUUGGAUCCUAAGCGUGAAAAAUCUUUUUUGAAUCUAACUGGGGUGGAUGAUAAAAAAGUUAUGGUCGAUUCUUUUUGUUCUUUAAAAGUAAAAUGGGAAAAUAAAGUGGUUGAGUUAAAUGAAGUAGCCGUAGUUAAAAAUUGUCCAUUUGCAUUGAUUCUUGGUGUAGAUUGGAUUGUGAAAAGUAAAUUGAAUUUGAUUGUAGAAGAUGGUAAAAUUGUGUUAAAAUCUCAGGAUUCAAACCAACCAAAAGUUAAGAAAGUUCGUUUUGCUGGAAUCGAAGAGCAAAAUAUUUGUAGUGAAGAGGAUGAUGAGAACGAUUUUUUUGUGUCUGACGAGCUGAUUGAUUCUUUAGAGGCAGAAAAUAAAACAAAGAGGUGCCCUCGUGUGAUAGGCACAGAAGUAAAAGUUGUGGAAUCAGCUGUUAUACCAGCAGAGUCUCUUUGUUUUGUAAAAGCUAAAAUUUCUAAGAAGUUCACGGGUAAUGUUAUCGUCAGACCAAAUAUGUGUGCUCAUCCUGGAAUGGAAUGGAUUAUUCCAUCCUGUGUAUUAAAAGUGUCAGCGGGAAAACUUAAAAUCCCCGUAUUAAAUAUGAAAAUGUCAUCUCUUGUGUUACGUCGUAAAGAUUUUAUAGCGUAUGUAGAUACAGAUUUCGACAGCAACAUGGUCGUCGUCGGACAAGAAAAGCAGCCAGAAAAUCCCGUCUGCUCUUUGGUCGAAAAUGCUGGUGAAUCCGAUGAGAAGCUGAAGACCCUGAUGGACGCCCGCGUAGGCAAAAAUUUGUCGGAAGAAGAGAGGAGUGCCGUUUUCGAGCUCUUGAGCAAAUAUCUUCGAUGUUUCCCCUCAUCAGAUGGCGAACUUGGAUUUACAAACAUGGCGGAGCAUUUCAUCGACACUAGCGACGCUCAACCAAUCAGCUGCGUCCCGUAUCGCGUGUCAGCUAUGGAACGAAGGAUCAUAAUCGAAAAAGUCGCCGAUAUGCUGAAACAAGGUAUCAUUCGUCCGUCAUUUAGUCCGUGGGCAGCACCGGUAGUGUUGGUUAAAAAGAAAUCGGGUGACUUUAGGUUCUGCAUCGACUUUAGACGUUUAAACGCAGUGACAAAAAGAGACGUUUACCCUUUACCCCGAUUGGAUGACGUUUUUGAUCGUCUUGCUGGUGCGAAAUAUUUUUCGAGUUUAGACUUAAUGAGUGGCUAUUGGCAGGUGCCCGUUGCCUCCGCUGAUACGUGUAAAACAGCGUUUGUCACUCCAGAUGGAUUGUAUGAGUUUGUUCGUUUGCCGUUUGGACUGAAUAAUGCACCGUCCACUUUUCAACGGUUGAUGGAUCGAGUGUUAGCUCGCCUGAAAUGGCAAAUGUGUCUUGUUUAUUUAGACGAUGUGUUAAUUUUUGGGAGAACGUUCGACGAACAUCAGAAAAGACUUGAGUGUGUGCUAAUGGCUUUGGUGGAAGCCGGAUUAACUUUAAACGUGUCUAAAUGUAUUUUUGCGACAAACAGAAUUUUUCAUUUAGGUCACACCAUCGAUGAGUACGGAAUCCGGCCAGACUCUGAAAAAAAUUAGUGCUCUUGUUAAUUUUAAAAUUAAUAACGUUAAAACGUUGAGAGCCUUUUUAGGCCUCGCAUCUUUUUAUCGUCGUUUCGUUCCAGAUUUCGCUACAAUAGCACAUCCGCUGCACAAGCUCCUGAAAAAGAAUUCCGUAUGGAGCUGGACGGAAGCCCAAGAAUCGGCAAAAGCUGCGUUGACUAACCGCUUGGUGUCUUCCCCUGUGCUGGCGCACUUUGACCAAAACAUCGAUGUAGUUGUACAAACAGACGCCAGCCUGGUAGGCCUUGGGGCCGUUUUAAUGCAAGAUGCCGGUGAUGGACCACGUCCAGUCGCGUUCAUCAGCCGAAAACUUACAGACGCGGAAAGCAAGUAUCAUGCUAAUGAACUAGAGUGUUUGGCAAUUGUAUGGGCAUUAAAAAACUACGUUCGUAUGUGUAUGGUAGACGAUUUUCUGUCUGUACAGAUAGCUCAGCAGUUCGAUGGCUAUGGUCUAAAAAAGAGGUUACUGGCAAGUUCGCCAGAUGGAUUUUGGCUUUGCAAGAGUACGAUUUUGAAAUUCGCCACAUAAAAGGAGUUAAUAAUUUGGUGGCUGAUGCCCUAUCGCGAAACCCUGAUGAAUCCUGUAUUGGAACCAGUGGCUCCGCGAUCGGACAUGUAGUUUGUGUACUUGACAGUAGAUGGCCUGUGGGCAUGAAUAAUACAGAAUUGGCAUUCCAACAGCAGCUGGAUAGCCAAUUGCGUCCCAUUAUCACCUGUCUUAAUUCAAAAGUACCGGGUAAAAUUGCAGAACAGUUUAAAAUUCACGGGAAAAUUUUGUAUAGGAAAAAUCCCACCCAAGGGCGUAAAUUUUUGCUUUGUGUCCCGUCAAUUUUAAGGAGAAAGAUAAUAGAGUUUUCUCAUGAUGACCCCUCCUCUAGCCAUAUGGGAAUAGACAAAACAAUUGCAAGAGUGUCGGAACGUUAUUGGUGGCCGAAGUUUCGGUCAAGUGUCCGUAAAUAUGUUAUGUCUUGUAAUUAUUGCCAAUUUCAUAAAUGUAUCCCCGGAUUACCCGCUGGUCAACUCCAGCCCAUACCACCGCCAGAUCGACCAUUUCACACCGUCGGCAUGGAUCAUCUCGGGCCAUUUAAGGCAACGUCGGAAGGCAAGAAACACAUUAUUAUGGCUAUCGACUACCUAACGAAGUAUGUCGAAGCAGCCGCAGUGGCCGACACGUCAACAGCAUUGGUUGUGGACUUUGUGAGAGACCAAAUCAACUUUCGCCAUGGUGGAACAACGCGAAUGAUCAGUGAUCAAGGAACUGCCUUUUCCUCCCACCUGAUGGAAGAGAAAGUGAACGAGUGGAAGACCCAGCACGUUUUUGCAACCGCAGAGCAUCCGCAAACAUCUGGACUCGUUGAGCGAGUCAACCGGACGAUGACCCUUGCGCUAGCUGCCUAUGUCAAUACUGACCAUGAUGACUGGGAUCGCCAUUUGCCAGCAGCAAUCUUCGCCAUCAACACGGCAAGGCAAAGUACAACCGAGAUAUCGCCGUUCCAGUUGGUGUAUGGCCGCUUGCCCUUCACUGCCCUAGAGAACGAGUUUCCGUGGCCAGAAGAACGACCAGAAUCAUUCGACGUCUUUCUGUCUCGAGUCAAGGAGCUGAGAGAGGCGGCCCGAUUGAAGAUAGUGAAAAAACAAGAGAAAGUGAAGCGCCUGGUGGAUCUUCGACGCAGAGUAGUGAAAGAUCUCUGCCCUGGAGAGUUGGUGCUCGUUCGUAGGAAGUUGAAGAAGAAAGGCAAAACUAAGAAGUUAUUACCAAAGUACGUUGGUCCUUAUCAAGUCGUUAAAAAGGUGUGCCCGACUACAUAUUUGGUUGAAGACCUGCCGGCCCGGCGAAAAAAGAAGAAGUUACGUCGUUUCAACGCGCAUGUCGUCCAAAUACGUAAAUUCCACCCGAGAGAAGAUCCUGAAUGGGACGAUUGGCCAGACGAACCGGAUGAUCGGAUGCCGGACGAGCAAGAUGACAGCUUUGUCCAGCAAGCAGCUGAAAAAGAAGCGUCAGUUACAUCCCAAGAAUCUAUUCAACCCGCUAGUUCAACAAUCGAUCCGCCGAAUGAAGUCGUGGCGCCACCUCCUCCAACGACAACGAGAGCCGGAAGAAAAGUAGUUCGUCCGGGCUGGAUGAAGAAUUUCGUUGUAUGAUUUGUGUAUAUCUCCCUCCUCCCCUUGUCAACGACUAUUUUUCGCUAGUUUGUUUUGAGUACGUUUUGUCCAGUUUACUUUCUUUAUCUUUUAUCCCUUCCCAUCUUAAGUUUUUUUUUGGGUUGGAUAGAAUCAGGGAAAGGAAAGGAUUAGUUUAAGUCCCCUCUUAUUUAUUUAUUUUUGUUUUUUUGUCUCAAGUGUAGUUUCGAUUUGACAAGUUGCAAAGUUUGCGCUCGUCAUGCUAAGUUUUAUUGUUUUGUUGAUGUUGUUUGUUUCCCUUGUAUAUAGUCAAAUCGAGUCAGGAAGGGCCGAAUGUUGCAGACGGCCCAGUCCGUCUCCUUACUCCACCUAUGAGCCCCUUUCUGUAUUGUAUGGGUGCCCUGAGGGCCCUUGUAAUUGUGACCGCCAGUGGGCGCGACUGUCAUGUGACGGCCGGCACACGAAAGGGCAGUCAGAAGAUCUAGUGUAGUAGUUGAGACGAGUGCGUCUCUGUAAGACUUACUGUCGUAAGCAAGUUGAGAGAGAGCUUUGGCUUAAACACCUGGCUCACUCGCGGUAUCGUGUUUCGUGUAAGUAGAAUAUACUCGUGUAAGCACCCCUA